GAUUUUUCUCCUCACUUCUUAAAGACAUGCAAAAAAUAAAUCGUCUCGACACGUGGCAGUCAGUUGUUUCGGGAACCUGAUGUCUGGAAGACGAACUACCCCUGUCUCAGCCAGCAGGACUGCUUUGCUUCAAGCUCCCUUGCUCGCUACACACUAUCCUAACUUGAUAGUGAAGUUCUUCCACUGUCGCUAGGUCACGACUCCUGGAACUCGCUUCCUCACAGCACUGUCUCUCCACCUACACCAACCAAUGGUCCGCAGUGGUUCAGAUUCACGUAGUGAAUCACCCGCUCCUCUCGAAAGCAAUCGAAGAGCAGCAAAUAACACCACACCACAUCACGGAUUUUGUUUUGUUUUAAAAACGCUGCCUUGGAACUGGAAGUUGCUACUGGGCAAGCGCUGGAUUUUCCAAAGCGUUUGGGAAGGCAGGACACCCGGAGAACCACGUCUCCGUUUUGACAUCCUCUGGGAUACAGCAUUCUUCAGUCUCAGAUGUCUACUGACUCACCGCAGUGUCACAGGGGAUUUCCGCAAGUUGUAAAAGGGAAGGGGAUAAUGGAAUGCAAAACAAAGCGAUAUAUUGGACCUGCGGUUCAGUGGAUGGCAUUUUCAAUCGAGUGCUCAGAGGUUCCUGGGUUCAAGCCUCUCCCACUUCAGCUCUUUUGAGCGCGUAAUCCGGACUGAGGGGCGUUUCUCCUCUCUGGCGCUAUUUGAAAGCAGGAAAGGGGAGUCCUCCCCGCAUGCAACUUUCAACCACAGGUUGUCUGCCGUUUGGUUUGUGAGAUCAUACCGUGCGCGAAAUAACAGCCCACAGCAACAUUACGGCACGGGUGACAGAUGGAAGCAGUGAGAGUGCUUCCUUUGCCCGUGAAGCCCCGUUGGGCAGGCGCCACAGAAAUGCAGCUGGGGCAGGGAGGACAUGAUAACUAGGGCAAGGUUCGGGGAGCUGGCGGGGGGCGGCAGAGGAGGAGGAUCGCGGUUGGGCGACGCGCGGAAUUCGUUCUCCGCUGCGCUGCGACAGUUUCCCUUGAUCAUACAAAAGUUUUCCGAGCUUUAGGAGUAAAAAGGGUUUUGAGAGGAAUGUGAGCGGCUGCAGAAUAUGUCGCGCAUUUAUUUCUGCGGGAAUGUUGAGAGUUUUGGCCGCAGGAAGCAGCGCGGUCUUUGAGUUUCUGACAUUGUUGCAUUUUGCGAGACAGAGAGAGAGAGAGAGAGAGUGUGGAUUAUAAGCUUCUUACGUUUCCACAAAGUCCCUCCCUGCCAGAACGUCAGGAAGAAUUUCCGAUGUGAGAGAGAGAGAGAGAGAGAAGAAAAGAGCGAAAGAUCCCAAAUUCCCAGCUGUCUUCUCCACCACUCACCCCACCUCUCUCUCUCUCUCUCUCUCUCACACACUCACUCACUUUGCUGGGGAGUUGGCAGAGUUUUCUAAUUGUUUGCUGUCGCUUGGCCCAAGUUGUCGUAAUCGCCUGGUCUCUUUCCCUACCUCCCCCCCCCCCCACACACUCUCUCUCUGUCUCUCUCUGCUGCGUGCUGCUCGAAUGAGGACCAGAGCGGAGCCAAACGGCAGCCAGGAGCCGGGAAGAGGGACUCACAUCCCGGCCAGGUCCAAGAGAGGCCUCCUGGGCUGGCUGUUGCUGCUGCCGCCCCAACUGGCCGCCCUGCUGCUCGGCUGCAUCAGGCGUCUCAGAAACUGGCUACUGCCACCUCCGUGGCCCUGGAGGAGGAAGAGGAAGGAGAGGGAGAGGAGUGUGGAGCCGGAGUUGAAGGUGAAGGUGGAGGAGGAGGUGGUGCUGAAGAAUAAGGCGAGUCGAGCGACUUCCCUGGGGCGAGAGGAAGGAGGAGUGAGACGAGCGAAGGAGGUGGUGAGCCCAGCCGCCAGCACCGAGCCCGAGCCCCUGGAGAUCGGCUUCAACCUGGUGCGGCACCUCUUCGACGCGGCGGUGGUCUCCCUGCUGCUGGUGGCCUCUCCGCUGGCCCGGGCCGCGCUCGACGCUCUCGGCCUCCGCGGCCUGCUGCGCCUCUGGCUCCACGGCCUGGCGCUCUUCCUGGCCGCCUCGUACGGCCUGGCGCUGGCCGCCUGGCUGCUGCGGGCCUACCUGGCGCAGCUGUGCCUGCUGUUCGGCGCCGUCCAGCUGCUAGUGCUGGGGGUGAGCCUCCGGCAUCGGGGCCACCGCCUGGAGGACCGCCGCUGGGUGGACAACGGGCUGGAGGACCAUCCCUUGGAGGUCCAUCUCUUGGAGGACCGUCGCUGGGAGGACAACGGGGUGGAGGACCAUCCCUUGGAGGUCCAUCUCUUGGAGGACCGUCGCUGGGAGGACAAUGGGGUGGAGGACCAUCUCUUGGAGGACCCCCGCUGGGAGGACCAUCCCUUGGAGGACCACCGCUGGGAGGACAAUGGGUUGGAGGUCCAGCGCCUCGAUGAUCGUCUCGUGCAGUAUGUGGAGGCGGUUGGAGCAACGACAACAGGAAACCCCUGAUCUGAUGGUCGACCUCUUCUCCCUCAGAGUCAAAACCAAGGAGGUGGGACCCAUAUCUGUGAGCACCAAGGAAUUGUCGUCGUCGUCGUCGUUACUAAAUUUGUUACUGUUGACUUUGAAAAAGACGGACGUGACUCCUUUCCAGUUGCGUGCUUUUCCUUUGCACCCCACCCUACCCCCCCCAGAAAAAAAGACAAGAAAGUCUUCACUAACUGGAAAAUGGAUGCUAAUCCCCUCCACCACCGACCCCCCC